AUGGACACAGUGGAGAGCCUCCUGGGGAGUGGCAAUUUCACUGACACCUGUGAAACUGGACUGAAAAAUGAGACCUUUCUCUGUCUCUUCGACCAGCCUCGUCCUUCUAAAGACUGGAAGCAGUUGGUGAGGAUUCUCUUAUAUUCCCUGAUCUUCCUGCUCAGCGUCCUGGGGAACACCCUGGUGAUCGCUGUGCUGAUCCGGAACAAGCGGAUGAGGACGGUCACGAAUAUAUUUCUGCUGUCGCUGGCUGUCAGUGAUCUGAUGCUCUGCCUCUUCUGCAUGCCUUUUACGCUCAUUCCCAAUCUGUUGGAGGAUUUCAUUUUUGGGAGUGUUGUCUGCAAAACUGCCACCUACUUCAUGGGCAUCUCCGUGAGCGUCUCCACCUUCAGCCUGGUGGCCAUCUCCCUGGAGAGGUACAGUGCCAUCUGCAAACCCUUGCAGUCCAGGGUCUGGCAGACGAAAUCUCACGCCUUGAAGGUGAUCACGGCCACGUGGUGCCUCUCGUUCGCCCUGAUGUCCCCCUAUCCGGUCUACAGCAGCUUGGUCCCUUUCACCAAGCACAACAACCAGACGGCUAACAAGUGUCGGGUCCUGCUGCCCAGUAACGUCAUGCAGCAGUCCUGGUACACGUUCCUGUUACUGAUCCUUUUCCUUAUUCCCGGAAUUGUGAUGAUGGUAGCAUAUGGAUUAAUCUCUUUGGAACUAUACAGAGGAAUCAAAUAUGAUGCCAGCCUGAAAAAACCGACCUGCGAAAGGAAGACCAGUAAAAACAACAGCAGGUAUGAAGACGGGGAUGGGUGCUACCUGCAGAAGGCGAAGAAGCGGAAGAAGAUGAAUCUGCAUCCUCUGCCCAGUGGCGGUGGCAGCGCCAAAAUCGAAAGGGUCAGGAGCACCGGCUCGGCCGGCAACCUGAUGGCCAAGAAGCGCGUGAUCCGCAUGCUCAUGGUCAUCGUGGUCCUCUUUUUCCUGUGCUGGAUGCCCAUCUUCAGCGCCAACGCCUGGAGGGCCUACGACACCCCGUCGGCCAACCGGCUCCUCUCAGGGGCCCCCAUUUCCUUCAUCCAUCUGCUCUCCUACACGUCUGCCUGCGUGAAUCCCAUCAUCUACUGCUUCAUGAACAAACGCUUCCGCCUCGGCUUCCUGGACACCUUCACCUGCUGCCCGCAGCCCCGGCCCCCGGGAGGAAGAGGCGAGACAGGCGAGGAGGAUGACGGGAGCACGACCGGCGCAUCCCUGUCGAGGGGCUCCUACAGCCACGGGAGAAGUGCCACUCCUCCCCCUUGA